UGCGGCAACCAUGAGCCGUCGGCCCAGGUCCAAUUUAAAAUUCUGAGAGGACACAGUGAUACCGUGAGCUCCUGCCAUUUUUGCUUCGAAGACACAAAAAUACUCUCAUGCUCUUACGACAGAACAGUGAAGCUCUAGGAUGUUGAGAAAGGGUGUCCUAUUGAAGUAUUUGAAGAACACACCGCCCCGAUUUCUGAGUGCAACUUGACGCCUGAUGACAGAAGAGUGGUAACAUUGUCGUGUGACAAGACUGUCAAGGCCUGGGAUAUGGAAACAGGCAAGACGCUUUGGACAGUAGAACAUGAAUGUAUUGUAACUUCAUGUAAUAUUUCUUGUGAUGAUAAAUAUGUGGUGUCUGGUUCAGACAAAGAAAAUGCCAUGUAUGUUUUUGAUGCAGUGAGUGCAGCGGUAGUGGCACGUACCCAAGGUCAUCACAAAAGUACAAUCACAAGAUGUUGUUUUGACCCUGAUGUCCAAAGAGUGACUUCAGUAUCGUAUGAUAAGACAAUAAAGCUGUGGAAUAUGAUAAUGCGAUCCACCUCUAUUACAAUUAAUGAGGCACACAGCAAUGCUAUCUCAGACUGCUGCUUUACCUCUGAUGGUCGUUUCUUGUGCACAGCAUCCUGGGACAAAAGCUUAAAAAUAUGGGACAUAAAGACAGGAGAAUUUCAAUGUCGCGAACCCAUUUCCCUGAACCAAGGACAUGAAGGUUCUGUUAGUUCCUGUCUUUUUAGCCAAGACGCAUCACUUGUAUCUGGCGGAUAUGACAAAACUAUAGUUAUGUGGGAUACAGAGGCAGGCUGCAAAAAGCUAAGCUUAAAGGGUCACCCGGACUGGGUUACAGAUGUUGCAAUUAGCAAAACCAAGAAAUGGAUUUUUUCAGCCUCAAAGGAUUCUACUUUGAGACUGUGGGAUAUUGAAAAAAUGGAUCAUAUUCCUUCAGUGAUAGAAAGCAGAGAAGCAGGAGGCUCAAAAAUUGCUCAGUGUGAAGCAUGCGGAAAACCCUUCUUGUGCCUGCAGCGUACUCUGCGCCG